GAACAGGGCUGUAUUAAGGUAGACUUGGAAAAUGCAAAUGUCCUAGAUAUCGAUAUUUAAUCUGUUCUGCUUAUGAUCACAAAAUCUUGACAGGCCAGCGCUGAAUGGCUUAAAUAUUUGAUCAAUUAUGACGAAAGCCGCGUCAAACAGUCACUUCCUCAGGUAGGAGUGUAUAACCUUGAUGAAUCCGUGCACGCUCUUUUUCCACUUUGCAGACAGAGAUGCUGUGAUGGAUAGAAGUCUCUAACCACAACAAGUGGGUGGUAGCUGAGAAUUUACCACUGAUGAUAGAGCGCUUUGUGCGUCAUAGUGCGCCUCGGACUCUCCACCCUGCAUGUGAAGUGUAGGCAGCGCAGCAUGUGAUGCUCCGUCCUCCAGUGUCCUGUGAGCGCCCAGCCAGCACCACACCGUCCCGAGGAUGCAUGCAUGACUCUCCAAAUACUCUGCGUUCAGAAGAAGCCUUGGAUAUUGCCGAUCACUGCUGAGGACUCGUGCUGUAUUUUAGAUUUGAAUGACAAAAGUGCCCGUCAGAGUCAGAUCCCAGUGCUGUUCCAGUUCAUCCCUAUUCUAAAUGGACUGAGGCCAAGCACUAAAACCCAGCUGUCACUCCUCAGCAUCUCCUCUAAAGCUACAUCUAUCCAUCUCCUCUCUCUGCCUGUAUCACUUCUUUGUGUUUCCGCUCUUUCUUUCUCUCUCUCUUCCCCCUCCCCUCUUCCCGACCCUCAGCCUCCCUCAUGCCUAAGAACAGCAAGGUGACACAGCACGAGCAGAGCAAUGAGCACGUCACAGAGUCGGUGGCUGACCUGCUCGGACAUGAGGAGCCGUUCGACUACAAGAACAGCUCCCUGACCAUCGGGGGGGCCACUGGGAAGAAGGUGCCGCACAUAGAGGUACCUGAAAAUGAUGGGCGUCCUGCCUGGAACAGCAAACUGCAGUACAUCCUAGCCCAGGUGGGCUUCUCUGUGGGCCUGGGCAACGUGUGGCGCUUCCCUUACCUGUGCCAAAAGAAUGGAGGAGGUGCCUAUUUGGUUCCCUACUUCAUCCUCCUCCUCCUCAUCGGCAUCCCGCUCUUCUUCUUGGAGCUGGCAGUGGGUCAGAAAAUCCGGCGUGGGAGCAUCGGCGUGUGGAACUAUGUCUGUCCUCGUCUGGGCGGGAUAGGGGUGUCCAGUCUGAUGGUGUGUGGCUUUGUGGGUCUCUACUAUAAUGUGAUCAUUGGUUGGAGCAUCUUCUAUUUCUUCCAGUCCUUCCAGUAUCCUCUGCCAUGGAGCGAAUGCCCGAUCAGAAAGAACGGGACAAUGGCUAUCGUGGAGCCAGAGUGUGACAAAAGCUCAGCCACUACCUACUUCUGGUAUCGUCAGACACUAAACACCACCAGCACUAUCGCAGAGAGCGGAGGCCUCAACGUCAAAAUGACCCUGUCUCUACUGGUGGCGUGGAUCAUCGUCUGCCUUGCUGUCAUUAAAGGAAUCGCCUCCUCUGGGAAGGUGAUGUACUUCAGCUCCCUUUUCCCCUAUGUGGUGCUGUUCUGUUUCCUUGUCCGGGGUUUAAUGCUGAAGGGAUCUGUGGAUGGUAUUGCUCACAUGUUCACUCCCAAGCUGGAGAAGAUGUUGGAGCCCCAGGUGUGGAGGGAGGCAGCCACCCAGGUGUUCUUCGCCCUGGGGCUGGGUUUUGGAGGAGUCAUAGCUUUCUCCAGUUACAAUAAGAUAGACAACAACUGUCAUUUUGAUGCCGUGCUUGUUUCUUUCAUCAACUUUUUCACCUCCAUCCUGGCCACGCUGGUGGUAUUUGCUGUGCUGGGUUUCAAGGCCAACAUCAUGAACGAAAAGUGUGUCCUAGAAAACACUGAGAAGAUCCUGGGAUACCUCAACUCUAAUGUGCUGAGCCACGAACUCAUCCCUCCACAUGUGAACUUCUCUCAUCUCACCACAUCAGACUAUGCUGAGAUGUACGAGGUCAUCAAGGCAGUCAAAGAGAGCAGCUUCGCCGAGCUGGGUCUGGAGCCUUGUGUCCUGGAGGAUGAGCUCAACAAGGCUGUCCAGGGCACUGGCCUGGCCUUUAUUGCCUUCACAGAAGCCAUGACCCAUUUCCCAGCAUCUCCAUUCUGGUCGGUCAUGUUCUUCUUCAUGCUCAUCAACCUCGGACUGGGCAGCAUGAUCGGCACCAUGACAGGCAUCACCACACCCGUUCUCGACGCCUACAAAGUCCAGAAGGAACUUUUCACAGUGUGCUGCUGCAUUGUGGCCUUCCUGUGUGGCUUGUUGUUUGUCCAGCGUUCAGGGAAUUACUUUGUCACUAUGUUUGAUGAUUAUUCUGCUGGUCUGCCUCUCACCAUAGUGGUCAUCCUGGAAAAUGUAUCCGUUGCUUGGAUUUAUGGCACUAAAAGUUUCAUGCAGGACCUGGAGGACAUGUUGGGUUUCCGACCAUGUUUAAUCUAUUUCUACCUGUGGAAGUAUGUCUCUCCCUUCUGUCUCAUUGUUCUCAUCUCAGCCACUGUCAUAGAGAUGGCCAUCAGCCCACCAGGAUACAACGCCUGGGUUCAAGAGCUGGCUCAGGAACGUUUCCAGAGUUACCCUCCCUGGGCACUGGCCAUGUGUUUCGCUCUUGUCAUUGUGGCCAUGCUUCCUCUCCCUGUUGUCUUUAUCGCUCGUCACUUCAACCUGAUGUCUGAUGGCUCCAACAAGCUGUCUGUCUCCUACCGUAAAUCCAUAAUGAAGGACAUGUCCAACCUAGAGGAGCAGGAUGAGACCAGAUCCAUCCUUGGCGCCAAGCCCGGCGAAGCACCAUCAUCAGUGCUUGCACGCAGAGCUUAUCUCGCUCCUGGCGGGCACAAACCCCUGGACCCAAACUCCCUGUCUCCAAACAGCUGCUACGGUACAAGCUACCAAAACGCUGCCAUCAGCCCCACCACGCCAACUACACCAACCUCGCCUGUCACACCGGAGUCUGACUCUUGACUGCUGUCCAAAGUCCUGUUGCGCAGUUUACCUGUCAAGCACAAAGUCUCCACCAGGGGUCACUGCAGCACCAAGAAUCCCCACCACUGCCCUACUCGCCCCACAAAACUGUAUGUAGCCACCUAAUUUAUCUGCCACACACUUCCCAAAAUAACCCCAAGGAACCACCUGAGAAUAAGUCCAAAAUGUUUCCAUGUAUUAAAUCUUUCAGAUUUAAUACAGCGAGCCUACUGUGUGAACAGUUCAGUGGCAGCAAGAGCCCAGUUUGAUUACUUUAAGGUUUAAAACCUGCCAUUCUUUGCGUUGCUGCCUGCCAUUGCAACAAUACUGCGUAUCAAAUCCGUAUAGUAUAACAUAGAUCAAGUUAAUUCCAUUAGUUAUUAUGCAAUGAUUUCAGUGUAAUGUCUACACUGAACACUGAUACGCACCCUGCUCUGACCUACAAAACACUUCUCAUCAUGUACAUUUGUUUUUGCAGGACUGUAUGCAUUGUAAACUAUUCUUAAAGUUUCUUCAAAGACACCAAUUUGUUCCAUUCAGACCCAAAAUCAACGUCCUACCUUGUUUUGUGUCUAGCCAGUAUUGUUCUUGUUCAUUCUGUAAACAGCAAUGUACAGUAUAGUAGUGUAAUAUAGGAUAAUGUAGCUUUUGUUACCUGGAGGAGCUCAAAACCACAGUGUCAUCAUCCAUCACACACACUGUAUAACUAUAGAAAAUCGCUUGUUUUGGUUUCUCCACCAAAGAGUAAAAUGUAGAAAGCAAAACACUUGAAACCUAUAUAUUUACAUGACAGAAAGAAAUGCAGAAUUGCAAUGAAUGUGAGCUAAAUUCAUAAGCCUGAAAGACAAGGCAGUCGUAUUCUUCAGUGACACAAAGCACAACCUGACCAUGUGAAUUUGAAAUGGCCAGUUUCUACAAAAAAGGCAUUGCUACAAAAGCACAAAAAAGAUUUUACACAAUUAUGGUGUACAGGUCUAUUACUAAACCUAAUUACUGACCUUUUAUUUUGAACAAUUAUGCACACAUGGAAUAAAAUUUUAAAAAACGCUGCCUUCAAAUAUGUCCUGCACGGUGAGUAAGCAGUAUUUAUUACAGUAAAUACUGGAGCACAAACUAUUAGAGCAUGAUGUUCACUAUGGACCAAAAACAUAUGAACAUGAAAUAGAAAAAACAGCAAUGGACCAAAAGAUAUAGCAACUUAAUGAACAAAAAUCCAAAUAACAGAAUAAUAAACUCAUCAGCUAACUUGAUAGUAUGAACUUUUGUAGGCCUUAAACUCCUUACAUGCAGAUACAUGCACAAAGGAAAUAUGUGCAUUCAAAUGCUGAAACAUCCAGAGUCUAUGUGAAAUAAUUAACCUCUUCAUGCAGAAAGUAAUAUUAACUCAUGUCACGCCAGGGUUGCUUUGUGAAGAAUGUCUUUGACUCCUGGUUAAACUGAGGCUAAACCAGCAGACUGUCUGAACAGGUCAGAUUAAAACUGCAUCUCUCGUGAACACUUCAGUUUUGUUCACACUGGUAGUGAAUAGCUGUGACAACUGAGCACAUUUACUGUACGUUCCUGCUGUAUGGAAGAUGACACAUUUAUUUAUUUUUUUAUCACGAUAUUCAAUGCCAUGAUGUAUACGAUAUAAUGGACUAUAUUUAUAUUCCUGCAUAUUUGCAGUGUAUGUAGGUGUGAUGAAUGACAAAGUUUUAUCUUUUAAAAGUGACCAGUAUAUAUUGAUCUUAUGCUUAUCCUUAUGCUUAUUUAAAUUGUAUAUUUAGAGUAAUUUACAGUUUAUGUAAGUCAUUCUUGUUCUGGGAUGUGAAAAUGCUGCUGCAGGUUCAGGUAUUGUAUAAUCUCAAUGUAGCAUUGUCAGAACUGUAGCCGGUCCUGUUGUCUUCAUAGGAGCCGUGUGCUCAUCUUAGUUGAGGUCCACUGAUGUCUCCACUUUAAAUGUACUGGUCAAAUUGUUUUUAGCCACACUAGGAGUUUACCACAAAAUACAGUGAAACAUUUUUUACUUUAGUUCAGUUUUCACUUUAGUUCCUGACAUGACCUUCAGCCUUUGCUGUACUUUCAAAAGUAUGCUAAUAUAGCAUGCUAACAUGCUAAACAGGCUGGGUUUUUUUGCUAACUCUAGGAAAACAGACUAACAUAUUGAAAAUUACAUGCUAAACAUGGCUGUUAAACAAUGGUAACUGUUAUACAGAUUUUUAGCUACUAGCUAACUAACUAGUUUUCCAAAGCCCAGCUGAGCCUAAUACCAUGUUCACUUCAGAGCUGCCACAUAGGCUGUAUCUGAAAGCUCAGAUAUACCUGACUAGAAAGUACAAAGUCCAUUGUUAAGGGUAACUAAACACUGAACGUUAAUAGAUAUAAUUCUAUACUGAACAAACUGUUUUCUACAAAAGAGGAUUGGGGCCACUGUAAAAAGUCUGAACUCAUAUUAACCUAACCCUAAUCCUCAAUCUGAGCUCAGUCUGAAGGUGUGUUCAGGAACACCUCAAGGCAAUUUCUUUAUAUUUGGCACAAGUCUCCACUUGGUCUCAACAAUGAACUAAUUAGAGUUUGGUGGUCAAAGAGCGAACCUUCAACCUUCUGGUGGGGAGACGACUGCUUUACCCACCGCACCGCUGUCGCCUUUACAAUGUAGAGCUGAGCCUGAAAAGCUGUUAAGGCACUUAGGUGACCUUUUUAUUCUGGCACCACCUUCAGGCCAGACUUUACAUUUCCCCCAUUUCUUGUUCACCCAUUAAGAUAGUUGGUUUUCUGCUAUGUAAUGAGGGUUAACAGACUCCUAGGCCCACUGGUGUGGCUUUAAACAUCAAUGAACAUCUCGUUUUGUUUCUUGUAUUGUUUUAGUGUCAUGGGCCAGGUACUUCCUGGUGAGAGUCUCGCUGUUUUAAGUCUGUAAAUAAUCUUGCGUGACAAAAAAUUUUUCAAAAAUAGUUUUUAUUCAUGUGAAGUAUAUCAGUGUCCUAAAAAGUAACUGUUUUAGCAGUAAAUGUAACAAAGUAAUAAUGAACGUGAUUGAUGCACUUUCUCACUAGGACUGCAAAUGUUGUCCUCAUAGCAGUAAAUACAAGGUUGGUGUAAAAGCAAUAUCCAGUCAUUUAAACUGCAGAAUAAUUGUGGUUGAAAACAAAGCUUGACACCUGAGUGUCAGUUAAUAGCAAUGAUUCAGAAGCACCCCUUGUAACCAAAGGGAUGUUAUGACUCUUCCUUAGUGCUGGAGUGUGUGUGUGUGUGUGUAUGUGUGCACUGAAUAUUGAUGUGUAGAUUCCUUCUUACACCUGUAGGUGCAGGGCCUUACUAAGCACACAUUUCAAGCACUGUCUGUACAGGAGACAUUUUUAGAAAUGUCCUUUUACAACUUCUUUCUUGUCAGUUACUGUAUAUUACAAUUAUAAAAUAUUGCCAGUUAUUGUAAAAUGAAAUCAGUUAUUGUAAAGUGAACAUCACCAAAACUAUUAAUAAUAAAGAGUAGACAAGCUGUUGUUGGAUUUCUGGGUUUUCCUGGUUCAAAUUAAGGCAUAACUCUGUUAAGUAAAAUAUUAAGUUUUACUAUGGAAAUGUAAUCAUCACAUGGUCACGAAUGUCCUGCAGUGUGGCAGGGCAUAUCAUCCUGCUGACAGAGGCCAUUGCCAUUAGAAAAUACUGUUGCCAUGGAGGGGUGUAAUUGGUCUGCAACAAUGUUUAGGUAGGUGGUUUGUGUCAAAGUAACACCCACGUGAAUGCCAGGAUGAAGGUUCCCCUCAGAACAUCACCCAGAGCUUCACACUGUCGCCGCUGCUCAUUAUCUUCCUGGUGCCAUAUCUACUCCAUGCACCUGGCCUUCCUCAUGAUGUAAACAAAAACAUGAUCCAUCAGACCGGACCACCUUCUUUUAUUGCUUCAUGGUCCAGUUCUGAUGCUCAUGUGCCCAUUGUAGACACUUUUGGCGUGGGAUAGGGGUCAACGUGGUCACACUGACUAGUCUGCAACAAUGUGAUCUAACAGCCAUAGCCACCAGUGCAGAGGGCCUUGAGGUAAACCAAAGGACCCCCCAUAAAACUUCAAUUUAGAGAAGAGUAGUGGUUUUCAACCAGUGGUCCACAGCCCCCUGGUGGUCCAAGGAGGCAUUGCAAGUAGUCCCUGACCAUGCAUUCAAUAAUGUAGUUUGACUGAAGGAAUGUUUUUUAUUUGA